AGCCGGUGAAGAGGCGUCGUUUGAAUUUGUAGUUGGAUGCUGUUGAGUGUUUGUGUGGUGACUAGUGCGCGGCGGAGUUCAGCCACUUCGGUUUCCAGUAUUUUAUAAAACUUUGAACACGAGAAUAUCGUUCAACUCCACAGGGACUACGGCUGUAAAUUAGCAUUUUUGCUAAACUCUGUCAGACCUUGGCAGUAGUAUUUUUCCUCUUGUGGUCCUGACCUGGGUGUUUGAGGCGAUGCGUCAUGAUACAUCUGCCAGCCGCCGGAAGGGAAAAACCCCUCAACGUCGCCCCCCACUGCCGGCCCCAGGGACCUCCGGUUCGACACCCCGGUCCCCAAGACGGAGCAGAGUUUCAAGGCAGCCUCCUGUGUCUCCCAAGAAGAGAAGGUUUCGUCCAGGAACCAAGGCCUUAAUGGAGAUCCGCAAGUACCAGAAGAGCACCGAUCUUCUGCUCAGGAAGGGACCCUUCUCUCGCCUGGUUCGUGAGGUAUGCCAGAGUUUUUCCAGAGAGGCUCUGCGUUGGCAGGUCUACGCUCUUCUGGCCCUGCAGGAGGCUGCAGAGGCGUUUCUCGUCAUGUUAUUCUCAGACGCCAACCUGUGUGCCAUCCACGCCAAGCGGGUCACCGUGUUCCCCCGUGACAUUCAGCUGGCAAGGAGGAUCCGUGGGGUGGAUAACCUGUAAAAACAACACAGUAGAGGGUGGACUAGCACAUACCAACAGGAAUGACACUGACAUUCUUUCCACUUCAGUCUGUUGUGAUACUUUGAUAAUGCCUUUUAAUCAAUUCAAACUGCUUUAUACCUGUUUUUAAAAGUUUUCUUAUUUAGUGCUACAUUUUUGUAAUUUGGGUUUGUAAUUUCUUGGGGGCAUUUGUCAUCAUUGGUCUUGGCAGCUCAUCACUGGUUUUAUGAAAAGGUAACAAGUUCAAAUUCAGGUCCUUUUUUGAAUUCGCUUCAAGUCCAACUGUAAGUGUAAUGUGAUCACUGGUCUGUGUUGUAUUGACUUUGCUAUGUAUUUGAUGUGUACAUAUUGUUACCCAUUCAAGUAACCUUAUUUUGUUAAUAAACGGUAAGAUUUGUUUGUAUUACA